CGCUGUGUAGAAAUUCGCCCCAGACUGCCUACUAUUUAUAGACGUACUCAACUGAGCUCCGUCUAAAAAGGCAACAUGGCAGCCAAGCCAGUCCUGUACACAUAUUGGAGGAGUACCUGUUCCUGGAGAGUCAGAAUAGCUUUGGCCUUAAAAGGCAUUGACUUUGAGACUAAUAUUGUGCAUCUUGUCAAGGAUGGAGGCCAACAGCAUACAGAGGCGUACAGGAAGAUGAAUCCGAUGGAACAGCUCCCGUGUCUAGUUAUUGAUGGACAAACUCUCUCCCAGUCAUUACCUAUCAUCGAAUACCUGGAUGAGACCAGACCAGGUGUCAAACUGUUAUCUGAAGACCCCGUCUUGAGACAGAAGGCGAGGGCACUUGCAGAAAUAGUGAAUUGUGGGAUACAGCCACUGCAGAAUCUACAAGUGCUGCAGGCAAUAGGAGAUGCCAAGAAGUUGGAAUGGGCCAAAAAGUGGAUUGAGAAAGGCUUUGAUGCUCUGGAGCAGGUCAUCAAGGAAACAGCGGGGAAGUACAGUAUAGGUGACCAGGUGACUCUACCUGACCUGUUUCUAGUCCCACAGGUGUACAACGCCAACAGGUUCAGUGUUGACAUGAGCUGCUAUCCUACCAUCGCGAGGAUUCAUGCAGAACUGGUGCAGCUUCCUGCCUUCAAGGCUGCUGAUGCUCACAAUCAGCCUGACACACCGGAGGCAGAGAGGAGGCAAUAAGGAGGUGGAUCUGAUGCUGAUAAUGUAGUGUAAAUCAUGGUGUGUGCAUAGGCGGAUCCAGAGGCUGUGUGUGUGUGGUCUUGUUCGACUCUCCCCCCCCCACCCCACCCCCCA